AUUGACAGUAAAACGUUGGUUCAUUGGUUGACUCGUGAGUGAUAAACACGAAGUGAUACCGAAGCAAAAGGUAUGGAAGACGAAGAACUGCGCUUUGAAGCUAUUUUAAAAUUCUUCCAUGACUCGGCGGGAUUUAAGUUUAAGAUUUCAAAAUGGGUCACAGGCAAUUCCUUUCAAAAUGAAGAGGCCACAUCAUCGUCGUCAGAUAAAGAGAAAGGAGAGGAACUUCUUAGAAAGGGAGUUGUGAAGAGUGUUCCUUCGGUAACGCCGCAGCUUGAGCUUGUUUCCUUGUUUCUAAAGCUGUGGUUACGACGAAUACGUGUUCAAAAGGAGAAAAGGUGUCAAGAAAAUCAGGUCGACGAACAGUUAGUGAGGGAUGCAGUUUAUUCCACAGAAGCUUUGAAAGUAGCGCGGAGGCACCCGACAUGCCCGCUUCAUAUGACCAUCAUGAUACAUAAUCAUGAGAGAAACUUCCGAAUUCAUUUCCUACGUCGUCAAUGGCCUCUCGAGAAAUUUGAAACCACUUUGAAUGCCGACUUUUUGGCAAAAAUGAAGGAAGAAAUUUGUAAGGAAGACUGCGACUAUCUAGAAAAAGAAACAGUCCGUGUUUGUUCUUGCCUUGGUCUUCGGAUUGACUUUCUCGACCGUCUUCAAGAUAUGCCGGAAAAACUUCGACAUCAUAGGACGCUAUGUGAGUGGAUAGUUAUUUUCUUAAAGAACAACUACACAGCCUUGUCUGAUCUGUCGGGAAAGAACUCUCUUAGCAAAGAACUGCUUCAUGACAUCGGAUUCGAUCCUUUGAGUUUGACUGCCGAUUUAAUUAUGGAGCGUGCGAGUAGUGUGGCAAAACACAUCGAUCCGUGCGAUUGGGCUGAAAUCUUUAUUCAAGAUGAGUUUCGAUGCAACCCGUUCUUAAAUUCUGAUGACAACCAGCUUGCCAGGAGCGAGUUUCCUUUUCAGAGCACUAAAAUACAUGAAUGGUUUCAAGUUUCACUUUCCAAAAGGAACGUGACUGAAGGCAACCCUGAGUCUUACGUCAACAUUGUGAACGUUCAAGGAUGGAUCUCUGCGAGUGAGAUUCCUUGUCACUCGAUAGAGGAACAGUUUGAAAACUUGUAUCACGGUACAGAUCAUGACAGUGCUGUGGACAUCUUGAAUGGUCGCGGCAUACAUCUACCGGCAGGAAGGCAGAAACGAGAUUUCAGCUCUGGAAAAGGGUUCUACCUAACAAAAUCAUUUGAGGAUGCCUACAAGUGGGCUAAGAGAAAGUCAGUCAAGCCAGCCGUUUUGGUAUUCCGACCGAAACAUGAUGAGUUCUGGAAUAAUGAAAAGAUCCAGAGAUUGACUUUGCUUUCAAAUGAAAACCCCGAAGAAUGGAAGGAGAUCGUAGCUUUAUUUCGGUCGGGAAAACAGUCGACUAAGAAACGAGAGAUUUUAAGAGAUUACGACUUGAUCGAAGGUUCUGUGGCAAAAGUAAGCCACGUGAGUGGCCAUCUCGAGUACAAAGCAAUACCUUUGUCUUACCAGGUGUGUUUGAUUUCAAAAGACUUUGCGAGAAAGUUUCGAAAGAGUCUUCACUCGAUCUUGUUCUUCAGCGAUCAUUCGGUAAGAUAUUAUUAAGCAAGGUCUUCGCGUGUUGUAAGCCAAGCAUGGAUUUCGUCAGUUAAAAGCUAAAUCCAGCCAUGGAUAUAAGAAGAAACCAAAAAAGCCACUAGAUCCGCUUGAUCUCUGACUAGUUUUUGUCAGACUGUGGAUACGGAUUGUAUGUGUUUCAAACUAAUUUUUAACAUUUAAAAGCAACAUGCCAACCAACUAUCCAGUACUUGAAUGAGUUUUUAUCACGAAGCUUCCUUUGUUCAGCUAAGGAUUUUGUUGUUUAUGGACGUAUGAUUAUGUAUCGAUAAUGAUAGUAGCCGUUCCAGCAAAUAUCAAAUGUAUCCCCACUCUUGACGAGGGACUAUGUAAGAUGCGUUAACAACCUAUCAGCUGCAGAAACGGUACCCUGUACAGACUCAUUCAUAAAUUGUAGAAGGAUGCGAAAGAAUUAUCUGGAUUUGUCUAGAAUUUAGCACAAUUAUUACGAUAAUGAACGAAAUGCAAGCCUGUCUGUCUGUCGAAGAGGCAAAUAGUUAGACAGAGCUCUAAUCAUACAUUAACUCUUCGAAUCCACUGAAUUUGUAUUACACGUGAAAAAGUAUUUUACUAGGAAAUAUAAUAUGAAGUACAUAGGGUUUCUUUCCAAUUCAGUGAUUUAAUCGCUAACAGUGAAAGAAUUUAAACUAUAUGAUUAUGUGUGUGUAGUGAUUAAUGAUUUCCAUUUCAGUUGAAUAUUUCAGCCUUAGGCCGAAACGGUAGACUUUCCAGCAAAUAUCAAAAGCAUUCUCUAGACGAGGGACUAUGUGAAAUGCGUUCACAGCCAGAAAAGCAACUCUGUAUGGACUUAUCCAUAAAUAUUUGAAAGAUGGGAAAGAAUUUACUGGAUUUAGCUAAAUUUAGUGUGAUCGUGAGCGCGAGUAUCAAGAUAAAGAACGGAAUGCAAGGUUGUCUGGAGUGAUGUCUGUCGAGGAUGCAAAUAGUUAGACUGAGCUCAAACACAAUGUACAUUAACUCUUACAUUGAAUUUAUAUUAUACGAAAUAAAGUAUUCUACUGGGAUAUAUAACAUGAAGUAAAGAAGUUUGUUUUUUAUUCAGUUAUUGGUUACUUGUAAAGUGAAACAAAAGCUUUUGUGUCGCUUCGGCUGAACAAUGUUUCUCUCUUGCACAACUGAAUCACCUCUUUGAACCCUAAACCGAAAAAACCUUGCACAAAGUCUGCUUGUUGACGGUUUCAUUGUAACAAAAUUUUCUUUAAGAACCCUUGUUUGUGGCUUAAUGUUUGCGGCUGGAAACAUGGGUGAAAUAUCAUGUUGAGAGAAAUAGAGACUUCAGCUGAGACAGAUAUCGGUUUUGCACAUCUUAUAUGCUAUCAUCCUAGGGUGUUGCUUAAUUUCGUCGACUGCCUUAAAAGUAUCGCAAUUACAUUAGCGGCUCUGUAACUGUGAAGUAUAAAGUUGUAAGCAAACUAAAGUAAACUUUAGCGGAUCGACCGUUUGAUUUCACCUGUUUGCAGAAUUGUAGGCAAGCCAGCAACAUUGAACAGCAAAAUUGCAAAAAUUAAAAUCGUAAUCAUCUAAAUUGGAUCGCUUAUACGCCACUUCUGAUUACAAUAUGCCUUUGAUCAUGUCUGAAAAUCGGGUUCUUUUUCCACCGCAAUGCAAUUACAUUUACCUCUUAUGAGGGCAGAGUUUGUGACUCUAGCAAACCAGUUGAAUUACGUUAAAGUUUAACAUAGCAGCUCCAUAACAUUGAAGAAGAUUACUGAGCUGGCCAAUCCACCCCUUUAAGGAUGUACACUUCAUACUCAGAGUAAAAUAUCACCUCUCUAGCUCUAAUAGGGUAGUAACAUAGGACAUAAGCCUCUAUUGCUCGUGAGAACAUGAUUUUAUUAAGCAAAUAAUUGUGUUCAUGAUUAUGUUAUGAGACUGAUAAGACAAAUUCUUUCUUCUCAAUGACUCACCAACUGUGGUGGUUUUUCGAAGAAAAUAACGGAGUGAAAUUUCUGGUCGAAAAACUGCGCACAGUCGAUGUUUCUUAUGCAAAGUUGGCGUUUGGGAGGUGAAUCGGGUUGAAGCUCGCCGUCUCUACUUGUGCUAGAAAUAGGUCCUUGAAUAAAGCUGUAGUGUUCGAGUUGU